UUAAAAAUCAGAUGACGUUGUUGUAAUUCCACUGUACACUAAAUGGAAUUGAACAAAACGAGACGGAGUUUCUCAAGGACUUUUUAAUUCUUUUUCUGCUUUCCAAACUGAAGUAAAACAGUUCGGUAAAAGGUCAGACCUGAUGGAUAUCGAUGGAAUGGGAGUGAGCCUCUUUUCCAGUCCGCCCAGCCAACCACGUCAAAUCCUCUGUUUGCGACGUGAAUGUUCAAAUGUCGCUUGUUCUUUUAAGAUAUGCAGCAAACGACUCUGCCUAAACCAGGCCUAACGGAGAGAGUCCAUGACUGAUGAUGCAGAGGAGAACUGAGGACAGAGGUAUGUUCAGGUUUGAUCUUUUUUUCAUCUUUAAUUGAAAUCUUACAGCAGUCUGAGGAGAGCACAUUUUCUUUCUGUUUAAAGAGCUAUUUUUGCUGAACAAUAUGUUGAUCUCUAUAGCUGUACCUUAAAUUUAAGUUAAAAUCUAGUUUAAAAUGAAAUAUCAAGUAAAAAAAAGAGAAGAAGAAGUUAGAGUUCAUCCGCAUGUACCUUUUUCCCUUUAUUCGGUGAAUUUAGCACUCUGUGCUGUAAAUAAGAUCAAACUCAACUGAAUUUUUAUUCGUCUGAGCUGAAAUAACUUAAACUCAACCACAUGUAAAUGAACCAAAGUGAGUUUAAGUAAACUGGAAAUUUUAUUCAAUCAAACUGAGCCGAACUAAAUUUUAUCCGAACUGAAUCACUUUGUACUGAAUUGAAAUAAACUGAAUGAAAUUCAAUUUAAACAAACUGAUUUUGUUUAAUUAUUUUUUUUUGUAUAAACUGAACUGAAGUAAACCAAACCGAACUAUAAUCAUGUGAACGGAGCAGCAGCCAAACCGAACCGAACCGAACCGAGCUCUAUUAAAUCAUGCUGACAUCAACUAUUCUGAAGUGAAUGACAUGAACCGUAUCUAAAAAUGGAAUUGAUCCACCACACCGAGCUGAAUGUGACCGAACAGAACUGACGUGGACUCCGUUCAUGUGAACUGGACUCCUCCAGGCGUGUGUAAGCGGUUGUCCGCGGCGAUGUCUGCGACAGAGUUUCACACCGACAGAGAGGAGGACUACAGGUUCCUGCACAGCAUGCUGAUGGAGAAGAAGGUUCACCUGCUGUUUAAGAUUCACGAACGGCUGAAGCGCUUUGAGAAGCGGAGGCCCGUUCCUGUCCAGGAGCACGCGGCGAGUCUGGCCUCGCAAUUGGCAGAAGAGCUGCUGUACCACGGAUGGAGAGAUGAAGUCAAAGAACUGCUUACACUUAUUUCCAAACCUCACUUUAAGAGUCUUCUGCGUACCCAUGACUCUGUAGCCAAGAGAGACUUUGAGCCUGCUCUGCCGCCCCUACCUGAUGAUGCAAUGGAGGAAGAUGAAGAGUCAGUCAAAAUUGUGAGCCUGGUGAAAACCAAAGAGCCACUGGGAGCGACAAUUAAGAAAGACAACUCCACGGGGGCCAUCGUCGUCGCCAGGAUCAUGAGAGGAGGCUCAGCCGAUAAGAGCGGCCUGAUUCAUGAAGGUGACGAGUUGAAGGAGGUGAAUGGAGUUUCACUGGAGCACAGGAAGCCAAAAGAAAUCCUUCCUCUCCUGGCUUGUUCUGAGGGUGCAGUUAAAUUCAAAAUCAUUCCUGGAUCCACCAAAGAGGAAAUGACAUCACGUGUGACAAAGGUGUUUGUGCGGGCGCUGUUCGACUAUGAUCCCACGGAGGAUCCGACCGUCCCGUGUAAAGACGCGGCCGUGGCCUUCAAACGAGGCGACGUCCUCCAGAUCGUAGGCACAGAUGACGACACCUGGUGGCAGGCCCGUCGCCUCGGAGACGGCAGCGGUCGGGCGGGCCUCGUCCCGUCAAAGCAGCUGCACGAAAAAAGAGUUGCGUUGCAGCGACCCAGAGCCCUGUUCAAGCUUCAGAACAUCAAGCCAGCAGAUGACAUGGAAGGCACUGUCGUUUUUCCAGUCCCAGAGGAUGUAGACUACGGAGCCAUAACAGGAAUCCACAUUGCCGGUCUGAGAAGGAGCUUCCGACUCGGACGGAAAAGCAGCAGAGCCAGGAAAUCUGCUCAGUUACGGAGGUGGAGCUCUGAGAUUCAUGGUGCAAUCUGUCCCCGCACUUACAUCGAGGUGGUACCCUACCAUAAGGAGCCAAAGGACAGACACCGCCUCAUUGUCCUGGUCGGGCCCAGCGGGGUUGGCGUGAACGAGCUGAAGAGGAGGCUGGUGAUCUCCGAACCGGACCGCUAUGGCGUCAGUGUGCCGUACACGACGCGCGAGAAGAGGAGACAGGAGAGCGAAGGCCUGGAUUAUCAUUUUGUUUCAGUUCAGGCGUUUGAGGAGCUCAUCCUCAACCACAGGUUUGUGGAGUAUGGACAGUACAGAGGUAACUAUUACGGGUCGAAUCUGGACUCGGUGCAGAGAGUGAUGGCUGAAGGCAAAGUCUGCCUCCUUGAUGUUCACCCAAGUAAAAUAAAGCAUGUUUACACUUCUGAAUUCAAACCAUACGUAGUGUUCGUGAAACCGCCAAGGAUUGAGGAGCUUCGCCUCACCAGGCGGAGAGCUAAAUUUGUCUGUGAUGAAAACAGUACGCAAGUCAGGAUGUUUUCAGAGGAGGAUUUUGAGGACAUGCUCGACCAGGCUGAGACGCUGGACAGCCAGUACGGCCACCUGUUUGACAAAGUGAUUGUCAACGGAGACGUCGCCGCGGCAUUCAGAGAGCUGAAAGCCGACGUCGAGAAGCUGGACGAGCCAGAGGUCCAGUGGGUUCCUGUGGCGUGGAUGCGCUCGGCGCCAACAAAAGCGUGGAGGAGCUGCAGCAGCUUGACUGGCUGGAUUUGAGCGGGGAUUGCAUCAAAUAUUCCUUAAGGCCCUUUUUAAAAUCUUAUUUAAUAUAGUCUCCUUAAAAGUGAUGCACACUAUGUUCCUCUGUGCAUAAGUACCGCGUUUGAGUUGAAUAAAUUUGGAUAAUAA